GACUCUGAUCACGCGUCAGUAUCCACCAGACGUUGGAGGUGCACGAUGGAAAGGCAGCGAUGUUGAUGAGCUCCUGCUACACAUUUUAAGUCGCGAGGGAAGAAACGAGCGCCACGAUGGAUUACAAAUAUGACACCGGACUGGAACUGCUGUUGGCUCACAUGAACGUAGAGGAUAUCAUCAACGCAGCAGAGACGAUCUAUCAGCUUGAGGAAGAGGAGGAAGAAGCGGGCUUGUCUUUUGAUGAAGAGGGGCUUUCUCAGGAGGAGAUGGACGAGAACGAGGAGGUCGGGGACGGAGGGGGUCCGGGGAAGGAGCAGAAGGACUACGCCAGCGGAGUCGGGGGUGUCCGCUACGGGACGGUGCAAGACAUCCUGUCCUUCGUGAACCUCCUGUCCAACAUGCAGGCUGCAGCUCUGCAGCACCUGCCCGAGGAGAUGGGAGUCCUCCUGAACAAGAAGGACAUGGCUGUUAAGAAAGGCCGCUAUCAGAUCAACCUGGACGUUCUCCUGUUUCCAUGGAAGUUGACCUACAAGAAUCCAGGCUCUGGCCUCGUGCCGAAGGGCUCCUUUGGGAAAGUUCACUUGGCUCAGGACAUUACGACCAGGAAGAGGAUGGCCUGUAAACUGAUCCCCAUUGAGAACUUCAAAGCAGCCGAUGUGGAGUUCCAGGCCCGAUUCCGCCACGAGAACAUCGCGGAGCUGUACGGCGCCGUGCUCUGGGACCAGAGCGUCCACCUGUUCAUGGAGGCCGGGGAAGGCGGCUCGGUACUGGAGAAGCUGGACAGCUGCGGGCCCAUGAGGGAGUUCGAGAUCAUCUGGGUGGCCAAGCAGGUUCUGCGCGGGCUGGAGUACCUGCACUCGCACAAAGUCAUCCACCAUGACAUCAAACCCAGCAACAUCGUCCUGAUGUCGGACAAGGCCGUGCUGGUGGACUUUGGUCUGACGGUGCAGAUGACAGAGGACACAUACACCCCCAGAGACCUCAGAGGAACAGAGAUGUAUAUGAGUCCAGAGCUGGUUCUGUGUCGAGGACAUAACACCAAGACGGACAUCUACAGCCUGGGCACCACCAUAAUCCACAUGCAGACGGCUAGUCCUCCCUGGGUCAGGCGCUACCCGCGCACCGCCUACCCGUCCUACCUUUACAUUAUCCACAAGCAGGCCCCGCCUCUGGAGGACAUACCGGAGGACUGCAGCGCAGCCAUGCGCUCCUUCCUGGGGCGAGCCCUGGAGAGGAACCCCGCACUGCGGAGCUCCGCGUCCGAGCUGCUGAAGGACGACGCCCUGAACCCCCCCAGGGAGGACCAGCCGCGCUGCUGGAGCCUGGACUCGGCCCUGGAGGAGGUCACCCACGCGUUGCUACGGCAGCCCAGCCAGCACCACGACACCACACAGGAAUCAUCUCUGUACUCCGAAGACUCUGGCCACUUAAGGAGGAAGGGCUCGCUGUACAUUGACCUGGGGGCCUUGUCAGGGUACAGCAAACUGGUCACAGGACCCCCUACCUCUGAGUACGGCUAACGUUUUACCUGCAAGAGACUGGUGUUACCAGAAGCCGAGCUGUGAUUACAACUGGCUGCCCAUCUGCUUUAAACCUUUGAGUUGUAACUCAAAGUGAGCUGCAGGUUGCGUGACUCGUGAGCAAAACGAAAGAGACAUGGUACCCAGGUUCAGCAGACUCUGUACAUACAUACAUUAGGUGGAAGCAGAUGUUGUGACAUGUUUUUUUUUUUGUUUGUUUUUUUACACUCGCAGCCUUUAAGCCUCAUGUUUAAGCCUUAAAGGGACAUGAAACAACAGAAGCACAUCUGCUUUAAGUCUCGCAUCUAUUAAUGGGUGGAAUUAUCUUUCCACAAACUCAUCAUGCUACUCUGGGGGAGUUCAGUUGACCAAUGCUGCAACAAUGACUGUUUUUUUCCUUAGCAAGAGUUUCCUACAUCCUUUACAGCUAAAGUGGGUACAUGUAUGUUUUAUUUACAUAUUCUCAUUAAUCCAAGACACCUUUUCACAUCUUUAUGUUUUGCGAAAGAGGAAAUAAGUCAUUCAAACAUAGCGUUGGAUUCCUGCAGGCUGAAAUAGAGUACGUCAUUUCACCACAGGCUACACUCUGUGGUGCUUCUUUAUUUUUAUAUACUCAUCAGGAACAAUUCUGACUUCCUGAAAUGAUUUUUUUUAAGCUCAUGUUGGAAUCCUAUUGCCUUGACCCUUUUCUGGGAUUAUUUUAUUCUCCAUCAAAAACACUUUUCUUUAUGACAGGCUGCUUAGAAUAGGGUUAUUUGUUGUGGGUAGCUCUUUAAUGAGGAUCCCAACUAAAACAAAAAUUGCGAAGCGGCUUUAAAAACAAAGCAGUUCUUUGAUAGAAGGCAAAAGAAAACGUCUGAGACGUUUUAGAAAUCCUGAAAGGUCUGAUUUAUACCAAAGAACAGCUAGCUGUAUUUCCAUUCCAAAUGUGCACAAAGCUUUGUCAAUAAUCCAUUGAUGUCACAAAAACGCAAUUUAGCAAUUGCACCGUUUCGAUGAAAUCAGAAACGUAAUUAAAAAAAAAACAUGUGAAUGAGUUGGUUCAUGGCACCAGCAACCCUCCCGACCCCACUAAGGGACAAGGGUGUCAAGAAAAUGGAUGGAUGGAUGAAAGGAGUUGGUUCAUGUGAUUAGUCACUGAAAACUCCUCCUACCUCUUCCUGUCAUCUUCUUCAUGGUUUCUGACAGUAGUGACAUUCAGUUGUCGACCAUGUGACUUGUGUGAUGCACAAAAAAUGGGUUUCCAUUGCGGUUUUUGCAAAUUAGACCAUUUUUGAUACGGACAAAAAAAAA